AUGCAGUGGUCAGUAGCUGCCCUCCUACUGGUCAUCGCCUCAGCCUCACUGGCAGUGCCCACAGAUGACCCGGCCAGGUCCACCUUCUACAAACCUACAGUGUACAGACACCAUUUCGACAUUUUGCUCCGAUUCGAUCUAACGGACCCGACAGAUCGAACGAGUGUACACCCCGCUGAAUGCACUGUUCUAUUUUCAGAAACAUUGGCCCCUGUGGAGCAGUACGUCAGCCGAGAGGUCAAGGCCACCAUAGGACAGGAGACCAUCUUGGACUGUUUCUUUGGGGGAAACACCGCCAAGACGAGUGGCCUACAAGGGUCUGACCACACUGACCAGACCUGACCACAGUGACGUCACACUUCACUGCAGUGGCAGCCCAGCGCGGGGGGAGAGGGCCGAGACACCCCUCUGGUACAGGAACGGCGGGAGGUUGGAGAAAGCCAACCUCCCAGACCCGUCCCGGUACAAGUUCAGCCCAGACUUCACACAGCUCCACAUAAAGGACCUUAACAAGAAGGAGGACAUGGCAUGCUUUCAGUGCAACAUCAGCAAUAGCGAAGGGUACCUUUUCAUGGACGGCUAUCUCAGGGUCAUUG